UCUUCAUUAGUGGAGAGGGCUUCCUGCAAAUUUCCCGAAACUCACAUCGCCACCCCCAUUAGCGAUUCUCAUCAAUCCUCGGAGCCUCGGGCAACAACUACACUACACUGCCAAAAUCUUGAAGAAAUAGAAAAAAAUUAUAAAAACCCAAUUUCAAGAAAACACCAAAAAAAGAUGGCUUUUUCUUCAUAUUCUUCAGUUCGAGUUUUCGGUUCAUUGCUCUACAGAUCCUCCAAUGGGGUUUCUCUUAAACCCUACUACUCCUUCACUCUCCAAAGUACCAUAGUGUUGAAGACCAAACUGUCAUCCUCUUCCUGGUACUCCUCAUCUUCUGAGAAAUUGGUGUCUCAGUUUCAGCUCCAACCUGGGAAUUCUAUGAGAAAGAUUUGGACUUCUGUGCCACUAUGUAUGGGCAGGCGCUCAUGCAAAAUUGCUGGGAGAAAGACAGCGCAGGAUGCAAAGAAAACAAAGUUGUAUUCAAAAUUUGGGAAGGAAGUUGUGUCUGCGGUUAAGAAAGGUGGUCCUAGUCCUGUAUCUAAUACGGCUUUGGCUACUUUGCUCGAGAAAGUGAAGGAGCUUGAUAUACCUAAGGACAUAUUGGAGAGAAACAUUAAGAGAGCGUCAGAGAAGGGUCAGGAGGCUUACAUUGAGAAAGUCUAUGAGAUAUAUGGUUAUGGCGGAGUUGGUAUCAUUGUUGAGGUCUUAACAGACAAAGUAAACCGGUCAAUAGCACUCAUUAGAGGGGUUGUGAAGGAUUGCGGUGGAAAGAUGGCCGAUCCAGGUUCCAUUGCAUUCAAGUUCAGAAGAGCUCGUGUUGUAAAUGUCAAAGUCACUGAUGUUGACAAGGAUCAUCUCCUUACAAUUGCCUUAGAUGCUGGUGCCGAAGAUGUCAUUGAACCUUCAAUCGAUGAGGAAGAUACUGAAGAAGAUAUGUCAAGGUGUUACAAAGUUGUGACUUCAACAGAGAACUAUUCGGAAAUUUUAUCAAAGCUACGUGAGGAGGGAAUAAAAUUCGAACCUGAUAAUGGUUCCGAGCUACUUCCUAUAACUCCGAUUGAGGUUGAUGAUGAGGCGAUGGACUUGAACAAAGAACUCAUUUCUAAAUUACUUGAGCUAGACGAUGUUGAUGCUGUAUAUACAGAUCAGAAGUGCUAGGUAGUUAGUGUUGUGUUAAACUGGAGUCAUUGGGCUAUUGGAAUUAUGCACUUGACAUUCUCCAUGAAGUAAAAGAGCGAGCUUGUUAUGAUAGUUCUUUGUUCGGAGGAGAAAAUCCGAGAUUGCGGGUCACUUACUGGGGCAUGUAUUCUUUUGCGUUUAUACUUACAAUCACAUACUAAUUGAUAAUAGAAAUACGGAUUUGCCCAAUUUUCCGAGAGGGGGCAGCGUUCCUUAGAUGUUAUUUCCUAAUUGCUACCGUGUAUGCAUUUUAAACACAUUAAUUACUUCUCAAUAAUAUGUAGUCUAUCUUUCA